AUGGCUACAGAGGUUGAGCACAUUGCUAGUGGACUUCUUAUUGAGAUCUUCAUUGCUGUGAUGCUCUAUGGAAAUUCUGUCACUCAAAUGUAUGACUACUGGUGGAACCACUAUGAUGAUCCAAACUGGCUGCGCAAGCUUGUGACUUUUGUUUGGAUAAUAGAUACUAUUCAUACAGCAUUCUGCAUGCUUUUCAUAUAUGACUACUUCAUUCUUGGCUUUGGAGAUAUUACACAACUUGAAGAAAUUAUUUGGCCUAUUGGGGUUGCUGUUAUAAUUGGUGUAAUUAUGGCUGUGACAGUGCAGAGUUUCUUUGUAUAUCAGCUCAGCAUAUUGAGCAAGAAAGGUUUAUGGGCCAGUAUCUUGCCAAUAAUUCUGCUUGUUAUACGUGGUGCUGUAGGCAUUGUCAAAUUUUUGCAAGGCUUCAUUAUCAACACAGGUCUUAUAACAGUACUUGUGUCUCUGGCAAUCUUAUUGACAUUCAUGUACUCAAAACACACCCUUGUAUUUGCAGGCUUGAUUGAAGUCCAGAGUAAAUUAUAUGUGAACUCUUUUAUUGCAACACUAAACAGAUCACAGUGCAACAAUCACAUUGAUGAGCAGCAACAGAAUGACCCAGUGCCUCUUGAUCUUGCUGCAGGAAGACAGCAGACCAGGUCUGAUGGUGAUCUUAAGUUUGGGAAGAUCACAGGGAAGAAUGCCCAUAAUGACAACAACAACGCUUUAGCUGUCAUUGCAUCACAGCUUGCACCAGGUUCACCUAGCGAGAGGUAUCCCAGUCCCACCAAAGUCAAUGAUAUAGCUUAA